CGUUGUCUCGUCUCACCUGAACCGCCCGAGAUGGAGGGAACUGUAUGAUAUACGAGGAUAUCUAUUUAUUUAUUCGAUUCUUUUUUUUUUACCGAAGGCUUUUAGUUGACUUCUGCCAAGGUGGUUUAUUUAUUUUCAUACCAGUGAAUAUAAUAGGCUACAAAAAAGCUAUUCCUACAUCGCUUCGGAAUAGAACUACGGGCACCAUUGUGUAAACAGGUCAGUAAUCGUGAAUAGGAUCCUCAAGCUCUCCAUCCAGCCAUGUGUUAGUCUACACAUCUUCACCCAGUUAUCAAUUAGCACACCACACUCCAGACCCACCCGGCUACCGCUCACUCCUCACCAGACUCAGCCUUCAACACCAGUAUCCCACAGACAGCAGCUGGUCUCAUGGCCCACCCCUAUGAACCCUGGUUACGGACAGCACCCCCUGGUGGCAGCUCAGACGAGAUGAACGUUCCCUCAUGGUGGGACCUCCACACCGGGCCAGGGAGCUGGAUGGACCUGCAGGCGGGCCAGGGUGUGGGCUUACAGGCAGUUGGUCAGAGCUCCAUGGGACUGCAGUCCUCCCUGGGGCCUUACGGCUCCGAGCCCCAGCUGUGUACUCCUGCUCAGCUAGCCCAGCUGGCCCCAGCCUCACACUCAGCUCACUCUCACCUCUUCCCCCAGGAUGGCUUCAAGAUGGAGCCACUGGGAGGACCUGAGCUCCUGCAGCCGGAGUCGUACUCCCUGGAGGAGCCACAGGAGGGUGCCGCCUCUGUCCGGCCCAAGCCCCAGCGCCGCUCUGCCUCUAGGGGCUCGGGCCAGUCUGUGUGCCGGUGCCCCAACUGUGUCCACGCCGAGCAGAUGGGCCAGAGCACUGACGACGACCGGAGGAAACACAUGCACAACUGCCACAUCCCGGGCUGCGGCAAGGCCUACGCCAAGACCUCCCACCUGAAGGCCCACCUGCGCUGGCACAGCGGGGACCGGCCCUUCGUCUGCAACUGGCUCUUCUGCGGCAAGCGCUUCACGCGCUCCGACGAACUUCAGCAACACCUGCAGACGCACACCGGCACCAAGAAGUUCAGCUGCACCAUGUGCCCCCGAGUGUUCAUGCGCAACGACCACCUGGCCAAGCACAUGCGCACACACGAGUCUCCCUCCGGGCCAGGGGAGGAGAGGAUGUAUGGAGAGGGGGGCAGGAUGGGGAAGAGCUUUGACACACCUUCUCCUCAGCCCUCCCACGCCACUGCCUCUGACACAGAGGCACCCCUUAAGCAGCCGAAAUGUGAGAAAGACCCCUCUGGGACAGGACAGUCCAGCUAACUGUAUCCCGUCCACAUCUGGAAUGCUAUACAGAUAAUGUACAGUCAGUGGGCUACUAUCAGCCCCUUUCUAUCAGACAGAGAAUCAAUCCAUAGUUUAUAACACAUGUAGUCCAGUGGAGGUGGAAUCAUAGGGGGUCUUAUAUUAUAAAUUGAUAGUCUAUUUCUACCAGAUGCAUUGAACAACAUAAGGCAACAAAGGCCCCUCUGAUUUUCAGAAUGCAUCAUAUCACAUAUAACAGCACCAUACAGCGUAGACGGGCAUAAAACCAAAGAGUCCAAAGCAAUUACCCGUAUGUUACAUCGCCAACAGAGGACAAGCUGUCAAGUGCCUUGCUGGAAGGAUAUCCAUCUAAGGAAUGUCCUCUUCCAUUUACAUGGCAACUGAGCCAGAGCCAAAGCUUGCUAGCUGCUAGGACUUCCAUUGCUGCUACUGCUAUUAUGCCAUCCAUCCACGGAGACUUGGGGAACGAGUUCAACUGAAGAUGUUGCUUGAUGUGUUUACAGUAAAACUACUAGCUACUCGGAGAGAGAUUUAUUUCCAUGGAAGCCAUCAAACUCUCCGGUCUCCACUGCACACAUCUAACUGAAUUUAAGGCAAUGGAAGUGGAGGGUUAGGAUAUGUUGGUAUGUUGUGUUGGCUUCCUUUCCCCACCCUUUAACUCACCCCCUUGCCUUGCUGUGUAUAAUAUACUGUAUGUGAGUGUAUGAACAUGUCCCCGGGAACAUUCCACACUGUAUUUUUUGGUUUUGACCAAAAUGUUAACGCGCAAUGUUGGCGUCAACCUUUUGCCAAAGAGCACCACAGUAAAGCACCACUGUAAUUCAGUUUGGUGCGGUAUGUGGGCGGUGCAAAUAGAAAUGGCUGCUUUUGCUCAACAGACGUGCAGAGAUGUCCCACUGCAGCACAUUGUGGCAUGGAAUUCACACUCCGUGUUUCAUGUCAACAACAUAUAUGUUCUGUGUAAUGUACAGUAAGAAGACGUGAUUUGCGUUAUCAAUGCAUUUCACUUGGAUGCCCCGCCCCCCGCAUGUGUCAUCGUGUUCAAAUGUCCCUCAACUGUGACUGAAAAGCACCGUUGCUCGUCUUUUGACACUCCUUUAUCUCAGCGCUGCAGGUGUGAAUGUGACAUGAUGGCGGCGUAUCUCAUUCACGAGAAAUGUGUAAUUCCCUGGUCUUGUCCCCGUAUAGUGUACGAUCCACACAAUACCACGUUCACACUUCACGGAACCCACUGUGGUAACACUUGAUGGGGAUUUCCUCGGGGACAAAAGACAGGCUGGAUACAUCACUACUCACGAAACGUACGCCAGACUGAAAUGUGAGCUGGACUGAAAUCCCUCAUUGAGAGGAACUUAGGUAAACCAUAUUUUGUCACACCAACAACUUCCAGGAUAAGCAACAAUUCCUCCUCCAAGGUUGUUCAAGCAUAAAGCCAAAAACAGAUGGAGUGGAAUUGUUUGGAGACCAUUUUGAUAUUAAUAGUCAUAAAUAAUCAUUUAUAUCUUGAUAGAAGAUGCACUUUGAUCAAUUUUUCGGAAUCCAGUCUAGACCUUUCUAAAUAGGCUUAGGCCUGUGUGCCGUGGUUUAGGCUUCUUAGCUUAUUGUGCUCACUGUAAAACAAAUUGGCCUUGUUAGGAAAGCAUUGUUGUAUUUUGAGUAGUGACUUAGUCAAAAUGUGCUUAAAAGGGUCUAAGCUGAGGUUUUGCUAUGUAGAGAUCUCUCACUGAGGUGUUUAUUGUAGCCCCCUUUAGACAUAUCCCUAAAUAAAAUACAACAUAAUGGUUUUUGAUGGUUUACUUGCAUUUUGUUAAUCAAAUGUGAUGAAAGGACAUCACCUCGAGACUCGAUCUAUUGCAAAUCACUUGGGGCCCGAUUCAGACUUAGGAAAUGUACGCCUUUCCUACACACACCUUUCAUACGCUCUUCACAGUAGUUGGUAUUCAGUCUUACCUUAUGCAGGUGCUGUUCCCUUGCGCGUUCUGCUGGCCAAUAGAUUUUGUUAUGGAGUUUCCUUUCAAUAGGGUUUCCAGUACAUUUAUCUAAAGCACCACUUUAAAUGUGGUGCACCUUUAAAUUCAAAUGUUCUCGACAGACUCAUUAGAAUAAAUGGACAGAACAGUUCAGAAUAUUAGGGAUCAACGAAAGAAAGCCAUGUAUUCAUCUCCUUUUCAGCACCAAUUGGUGGAGCUUGUAUAUUAUUAAGGGUUAGAAAAGUAUUUAUGAAUAAUCAGUGGUGGAAAUAAUAUCCAGUUGUCAUACUUGAGUAAAAGUAAAGAUACCUUAAUAGAAAAUGACUCAGGUAAAAGUCACCCAGUAAAAUACUACUUGAGUAAAAUUCUAAAAGUAUUGGGUUUGAAAUAUACUUAAGAAUUAAAAGUCAAUUUAAUUAGUCAAAUAUACUUAAGUAUCAAAAGUUAAAGUGUAAAUCAUUUCAAAUUUAUUAUAUUAAGCAAACCAGAUGGCACAAUGUUCAUGUCUUUUUUAUUUAAAGAUAGCUAGGGACAUACUCCAACACUCAGACAUCACACAUGAAGACUUUGAGUCCGCCAGGUCAGAGGCAGUAGAGAUGAGCAGGGAUGUUCUCUCGAUAGGUUCGUGAAUUGGACCAUUUUCCUUUUCUUUCAUUUAAAAUGUAAUGAGUACUUUUGGGUGUCAGGGAAAGUGUAUGGAAGUAAAAGUAAAAGUUGUCAAAAAUAUAAAUAGUAAAGUAAAGAAGUAAAGUAUUUUUACUUAAGUACUUUACACCACUGUGGAUCAUAAAAAAAAAAAAAACAGGUUUGGAUAGCCUCCACUCAAUAAAUAUAUUGAUGAAUCAAAAAUACAGUGGUUUGAUUUAUCCUGAAAGUUGCCAAAUUCCAUUGUUCAAUUCUGAAAUAUUUGAAAGUGAGAAAAGUGUACAAUAGGGGUUGAACAGUAGUCCUAUAAAUCUACCCUAAUAAUCCUCAUUAAUCAUGGAACUUUGAUGAUAACGGUCCAUUUGUCGUAAACUGUGCACCAGGCUCCAGAUUUAAACUGCUACAUAUGGUCUGCGUUCCAUAAUGAUUCAAAUAGGCUACAUGUCCCAAAUUAUUGCCCAAUUUGUAACACGGUAGCCUAAUAUGAUCCACUAAUGCUAGCUAUGCUCAGGAACAACCACACAGCAGAGAGUGGCUAAUAUUAAAACAGAUUGGAAAAUAAUACAGUAAAAAGUAUUGGGUUUAUAAUUCAAACAUUCUAAAAGUCAUAAAUCAACUCGGUAGGUUUGGCGCUAUAAAGUCAUUUGCGGAUGGCCCCAGAAGACUGUAGCCUGGGUCUCCAAACUUCAUCCUUGCAAGUUACAGUAUAAGGCCAUGAUUUCAUAAACUUCACCGUGGAAAAGAUGAUAGGCUAGGUUGAUACACUUCAGGUUGCUGCCAUACGACUGGUUUCACAUUUGUCUCCAGCUAUCACAAGGUAAAAUAGAUCUAAAAAAAUUGUCACUUAUAUUUACAAUCCCCUUAUCCAAACGGCUUACUCAUUUACCAAGCUUUAAUCAAAAGCUCUUAUCAAUUUGUAAAUUACAGUGCAUGGAGAAUUGUGUUACUUCUAUCAGAAAAAAUAAAGUCGAUGUUGUUUCACUUGGAACCAACAGGUCGCUCGACCUUAUUCAUCAUUUCAUUGGGUAAAGGGGGUGGAAUUAUGAGGGAAUUAAGUCAAGACAAGGUUAGAAUGUGGUGUUUCUGAGGGCCUCCCAAGUGGUGCAGCAUCUAAGGCACUGCAUCACAAUGCUAAAGGUGUCACUACAGACCCGGGUUCGAUCCUGGGCUGUAUCACAACCGCCCAUGAUCGGAAGUCCCAUAGGG